AUGGCGACUAUCGUCCACCGAGCCUCGUCAGCUAUUCACGACCACCCCCCCACGCCAUUGAUUCCACAAAGGCGUCGCAGAGAGACGAGUCCUGAAAUCAUCGAUGUCGACUCGCUGGAAGAAGUAGAGUAUGUGCCUAGACCCAGAGCUGGUCCUUUGCAGAAUCCUCCCUCGCAAAGAAGAAGGGUUUCUGCUUUCGAUGUCUCUUUUCCUCCUGGCGAAAUUAUUGUGCUCGACAGCGACGAUGAAGAUUACGAUCCCUCUGUGUUUGGUACCAGUUCUACGCAAAGUCAAGCGAGUUCUUCGCAAGUACAUUCUCGAGACAUCUCUCCUCUGUCCCCUGCUCGGACCAGUGCUCGUCCGACAGGUUCUAUUUUCCCACGUAUGGAGGACGGCUCAUCCGUCCCAAUGCGCCGACACCCCCCUCCUUUUCCUACAAAUGCUCCUCCAGUCACCGCGAACCCUGUGGAAAUGGACUACGAACGGUUUUUGCAGACAAACAUCAUACCUAGACCUAGUUCUUCAUCGACAUUUCAAGCGAGUGGCUCUAGAAAUCGACGUGGGGUUGCUACAGCCGACGCAAAUGGAUCCUCCCAUAAUUCUCAAGCACCUCCUAGUCCCAGGGCUAGUCGAGCGGCUGUCAGAGCUGGUGGAGGGAUUAUCACCUCUGCUCGUGCACACGCCGCAGAACGCCGAGCAGAACGUGAGCGAAAUGCUCAACUGCGUGCUUCAGGAGCUGCCCGACCUCGCUUCAGAGCUCGUCGACCUACGGCGGCUCCAGGUGACAAUAUGCAUUUCGUUGGCCUCAUCAGAUACGAUGUUUUCGACCCAUUCGAUCCCCGCAACUACGCUGCAUUCAAUAACAUCGGUUUCGAACGAUACGGCCCUGGAUUUGUGCAUCCUAUCGUUCAGAGAAAAACUGACGAGCCGGAUUAUCUUGCUGAGUACACUCAUCCGCAACCUGCUACACCCGGGUUUUGUUUCGAUUUCGAACCACCCGAAAAGGCAGAGACCAUUGACCCUUCUUCGUACAAUAAACCAAUACCGGUGUCCUCUCAAGAUAACCCUUUCGUUUUAGAUGAUGAUGGCGAAAUCGUUCAAGAACCCGAACCCCAAGAAGUUGAUGUUGAUGUUGGCGGCUCUAGCAACAUGAAAUCGAGUGCUCCUUCACCCACAGUUGUAUCCUUUGUGUGCUCCAAAUGCCUCGAACCGCUCCUCCUAGGUGAAGGUGCUAGUGCUACUGCUCUCAAAAUGGCUGCAGCCGGCGCGUCCGCAGAGCAAGUUGAGAUGGAGCGUAAGGCUCGUAAAGUCUGGGGUCUUAAAUGUGGUCAUUUAAUCGAUGGAAAGUGUCUUGACGCGUUAGGCUACCCGGCAGGUGCGCUUGACGCGCAGCCAAAGGAUGUCAAAGGCAAGGGGAAAGGAAAGAGUUUUUCGGAAGAGGUGGAUCUGGCAGAUGCGUGCGAUGGGGAGCUCGAAGCGGAAAAAGCAAAAGGGGCAACAGAUGAGGAUGUACAUCCCAGUCUGGUGCCGCCGUCUGAGUCUAACUCUAUCCGUUCAAGACUUCGCAGCGCUGCCCAUUCCAAUAAUGCUAGCGCUAGUGUCAGUGGUGCCACUAUCGGGACUUCCACAGGUGGUGGUUCGACUACUCCUUCUCCACAAUUCUCAACCUUCGCUCAUCGAUACCUCCCGACACCCAUCGCGCAUCUAUUCGGUCACGGCCCCGGUAGUUCAUCGACAUCGCCCAAAUCCAAAUCACACCGGAAACCAAGGGUCCAACAAACAUACUCAUGGAAAUGUCCGGUGAAUAACUGUGGGCGGGUUCAUACAAGUGUGCGGUUGGAAGGGGUAUGGGGUCCGGAGAAGGUUAAGGGGGAAGGGGCUAUCCCGUUGUUUAUUUAG